UCUACUGUGUCUUCUCUGCAGAGUGCAUCCAACUCGCCCAGGAUACACGCUCAGUGUCUGAUGCUGUGACCUAUCUGAUCGUAACCCUAAGGGUCUUCGUUGAAUACAACAUCCUCGAUAUUUCUUCUCAACCGUCCAAUCGAAUCGUCACAUUCGUCGGCAAUAUAAAUCGCUAGCACGUUUAUAGUGCGUUAUCUUUGCGCGCGUCUCUCGCCGGAAGGCAUCGCGUCAGGUGCUCUCGUUGAAGUAAUGAAGAGGUGAAUCCUCAAUCCACAGUUCUGGGACCUACACUCGCGCACCGGUGCAUGGACGAUUAGCGUAUCAUUUCUAUGGUGCUUUUAUUAAAUACGCACAGUGUCAGUAACUUCUAUGCCGUAUGACUGACAUCUCAUCACGCUUGGCAAGAAAUAAAUCCUGAUUCAGCGUUUCACACCCAUUCAAUCGUCCGUCAGUCACCGCGCGCGGGAGAACUUUGCAACUCUUGUGUGGAUACGCCACGCGCCGUACCGCCGCGCGUAGGAUCGUCAACUUUCCCCAAAAACAACGAUAGCGUCCUUCAUAUGUCGUUUACAAACCUUCCAUGUCACCGUUUAGCGUCGUAUUAAGUGGACGAGAAUGUUUCAGAGAUCGUAUCUGCUCAAACUCGGGGAAAACAUCGUCGGUAAGCGUUGAGGAGCGGAUUAAACUGCUGAUAAUAAAUGACUUUUAUGCUCCUCAGACUCGCGUCCUCAGGUGGACUGUGAAGAGCCAGAAGAGGAAUGUUUAUCCGAAAUUUGUUGCCGCUCAGUUUUGUUUUUUGGUCGUUUUUGUUAAGUCGUUGCUUUUUCUCGGUGUUUCUUCCGUUUUUGCAGUUUGCAAAGGGGGAGCUCCAGAAGUCAUGUUCCCGAACCACAGUGUCACCGUUGGAAGGGAGCUGCCAGUUGCCAUGCCAGUGUAGGCCCUACCCACCGUUACCACCUCCACCCCCUCCUCCACCACCCCCAAGGCUCCUGGCUCCAACUGUGGCUCCCUCAACUGUAUCCCCUGUAACACCCUGGAGAAGAGAGAUGGAGAUCUUGGUACUAGGGACAGUAAGCUGUGCAUCUGUGGUCUUCCUUCUCCUGACUGUCAUCAUUUGCUACAAGGCUAUUAAGAGGAAACCGCUAGGAGGAAAACGUAAGGAGGAGAACGGCACAAGCCGAGGGGAGUACGCCAUGAGCUCACGCUGUAAGCAGCAAGUAGUGGAAACCAAUAACACUGGAGUAUAGUGGCCAUGCCAAAGCAAGACGUGUACGAGAGAUGCUCUGUAUCCUAAAAAAAAAAAAAACACCAUCUCUCUCUUUGGGUUUAUGAGAUGGAGGUACUGUAAACAUAAAUAAGUAAAUAGAUAAUGACUGAUGUGUGUACGCAAAAAUAAGCAAAGUUUAAAGGAGACUUCAAGAUGCCGGCAGUUGGAUGAGUAUCACAAGACUGAACCUGGAAGGCCCCAGAGGCCCCUCGGAGGACAAUAUACAACACCAACAACAAAAUAAACGCAUGCACUUUUUGUUAAAUGCAGUGGUGUUUUGAAGUUUCUGUCUUAAACGUUGUCUCUGCAAUGUCCCUCAUUAAAACUUAAAGGUUCUCUCAUGUCAUGUGCAACUAUUUAACGGUAAAAAAAAAUAAUGGCCCGUGUUUUGACGCAUAAUAUUAAAGAGUUCAAAUUGCUUUUUUGUGAGCCAAAUAGAAAAGGCACAUUCUGCCCGCAGUUCCUUAUAUUGUGUUACUAUGCAAUUGGAAACGACAGAAAUCUUGGUUUGCAUGUUGUCAAUACAAAGGUGUAAUGCUAUAGCAUUAGCAUUGCUAAAUGUUAGUAAUGAUUCUAGUCUGAUAAUUUUAUACAUAUAUUUUUAGGAGCCUAUCAUUUUUAACACAUUAGACAUACAGUAUUUAAAGUUUAAAUGGUAAGUUUAAACUAAACUGUCUCACAGUGUGAACAUUAUGUUUCAGUUUUUCUAUAGCACAAAAUAAUGGGAAAUAUUUUCUUGGAUGCCAUAAAGAUCAUACUUUAAAAUGGUCAGUCAUAUGUAGGCUAUACAUUUUGUGGACAAUUCAGUGUGUCCAACUCAUAGAACUUUAGGAACGCUUAAUUUCAUCCAAUAAAAGUCUUGGUCUUCUCCUGAAGCAAUUUAUUGGCUAUGGUACAUCAUUUUUAAAGCAUUAAUACUGUGAUGUCAUGUUGUUUGAUCUUUGCUUACAGAUACUUAAAAGAUGGGAUGCAUAGCAUAACUUGAAAAACACAUUGUUUUAGAUUUAGCUCGUAAUAUCAUUCAGGCCCUCUCCAGUAUCUCAAAACAGAACUGUAUUUCAAACAUGUCUGAUUAUCUUUUUGUACCCAGCAGUUAAAAAAAUCCAAGCGCUAUAACUGCAAUUGGUCAUACAUAGUAACAUUGAGCAAAGAAUCUCAAGCUUUUUAACUAACAAAAUAUAAAACCUUGUGUAACCAAACAUCCCCUUUUUCACAUUGUACAUCUUCCUCUGUAUACUCACUCAACUGUUCAUCAAGAUAUAUGUAUUGAAGAUAUGUGUGUAUUAUAUUGUACAAAGGUACUCGGAAUUGUAUUGCAUGAAUGUACAUAUCAAUAUUUGCCUUCUUGACAGUCUUAUUGUGUGUACGGCGUAAGAGAAAAUGUUUAUAGGUUGAGUAUAAGUUGAUGUGUUUGUCAGAACAGAAUAUGUGAUAUUGUUUGUCUGGAACAAGCCAUUAAUGUAUAUUUGAGUAAUCAGAGGUCAUUGCACAAUGUAUGCAUCACAUACCAAAAUACAACGAUAUAUUGUGCAUUGGAUUAAUUUAAUUGCAAAUUGCUGAAUUUUUUUAGUUUUAAAUAAAAAUGUGCUACUGAAUCAUA